CACUCAACUUCCUAUUCGAAAGAUUGGUGUGAAAGAGGGAAAAAAACCGAGACAUGAGUGCUGCACUCAGCCACUACUGGGAGGUGGGAUUGCCCGAGGUGGGGUGGGGAGAUGCCCUAUAAAGGAGGAUGCUGGAGAAAGUGUUGCUCAGGUUUAGGAGCUGCUGGCUAUGCUUGGGAUGAUCAUGGGGUUCCUCCAGCCCUGUCUGAUAGCCGCCUGUAUCUGUGCCCUGAUCCGGGGCUGCCAAAGCCGGCCCGAAGGCUGGGGAACGCUGAAAAACGAUGCGACCGAAAUCAUUCCCGAGUACCCGGAGAUGCGCGCCGAGGUGAGGAAUCACAGCGUGAACCAAGCGAAACACGGAGGCAGACGGCGAAGCCAAUCCCUGCCAGUGAGGGGAGCAACAGAAUUCAGUUGCCGAGAGCUUCGAUCCACCAGGUAUAUAUCAGAUGGAACAUGUCGCAGUGUGAAACCAGUGAGGGAGCUAAUUUGCUCAGGUCAGUGUUUACCAGCCCAUCUCCUGCCCAAUUCCAUCAGCCGGGUUAGGUGGUGGAGCCGGCAUCAGACCUCUGACUAUCGGUGUGUGCCAGCUCACUCACGCACCCAGCGUGUCCGGCUAGAGUGCCAAAACCAGGAGACAAGGACCUACAAAAUCCAAGUGGUGACUUCCUGCAAAUGCAAAAGGUAUUCCCGCCACCACAACCAGUCGGACAAUAAGCAGUUUGGCAAGGGAGCCACUUCAAGGAGGAGAAAAAGCAAGAAGAAAACAAUACCCACUAAAAACAGAGGCAAAGGCAACCAUCACGACCAAGCCGAUCGAUACUAGAACUUUCAAUCCAAUUUCAUAUGAUGCUUCACUUUACAAAAAGUCAGUGCUGGAUGAAAAGUCAAUAUGUUCCUUUCUAAAGCACUUACUCUAUAGUGCAUCAAAUCCAGCAUAUAUUAAUGAUUCCUUUAAAUCUGCAGGAGCAUUGCACUCCCUACUCAGUCUAGGGUUAAGUAUUUCCAAACUGAACAAAACAUCCUGACCAAAGCAUAGGAUGACCAUUUCAAAACAUCAGAUUGCUUCACUUUCUUUUUGAUAGCAGAGAACUUAAAAAAAUGCUACAGCCUGUUACUUUGUCUUGUUGGAUGAACAAGCUCUACUCAAUAGGGCAAUGUAUAUACAGUAUUUAGUUUGGAAUGAAUGCUGGCAUUGUUUACAAGCAUAGACGCAGUUAUUCUGUCGGCGAAAAGCUCACUUAAGCUGGCAGUAGUUCAACUCUAGAUUAAACACCUGUGAAGCUAAUGCAAGUGGCAAAACAAAAUUUAAUUCCUUAAACACCUAUUUUUCAAUAUGAUAGAACAGGGACAUGACAGCAUGAUCCACAGUCUUUCCAAAAUGAAACUAGACAAUUCAGUAAAUACAAAGCUGAUCAAACAGCAUCUGGACAGAGAGAAAUAUAACUCAAUGCCGGUAACGAAAAACUUAACCCUGUUUCUGUGUCCAGAAACUGUUAGAUCUGCUGAGUAUUUCCGUUAUUUUCCAUUUCUAACUUCAGUCUUUCUACCCUGCCCAUUUUGGGCACUGAUGUAAGGUUUGUAAUUGCCCCCAGUCUUACUGUGGUGCGAACAGGGACUUUGAAACAAGGAUUGGCCAAAAUACGGGCCUCUAAUGUCACAGAAAAAAAAGCAUCUCAACUAAUUCAGGACCAGAAAUGCUGAUUGGAGAACUUUGAAAAUGUCCACAGCCCUACCCAUAUAUGACAGCAGUCCAGAAACCAAAACAAAAACCUUCACAAACAGGAGAGGAUGCAUUCUGGCACAGAAGAGAGGAAGGUAUAUAAAUAAAUAAUCUAGGAACAGUUUAUAAAUUCUCAACAUAACGAGUUCAGUGUGUAUGUCAGAUAUCUGGUUCGUAUAAAUUUACACAGUAAUUCCUGAAAAAAAAAAAUUGCAGGCUUCUGAAGCGAAGUAUUUUAGUUGUUUGGAGGACUCACAAAUUCUUGGCCCUUCCUCCUAUGGAAAACAUCCUUUAUGACCUUUUCUUUGUGAAGACACUUCUGUUUUCAAGCAUAAUUUACCCACCACUUUGAAUAUUUUCUUUUGCUUUAAUGUUUGCUUUUUCCUAUGUUGUCAAUCUGAAACAAUAAGUAGUCAGCAGCUGUACAUAUCUAAAACAUUACUCUGAUCAUUAAUUUAAUAACAGAAUAUGAUAUGCAAUCCACACCAAUGGCUAUUUUGUAAAGUUGUGUUUAUGAGCUCUUUGUAUGAAGUUAUAUGUGUAAUAUUUCCACAUUGUGGUGAAAAUGGGACAAGAAACUGUUGUAGCCUCUGAAAGUGAUUUCGAGUCAAGUGGCCAAAGUCCAUAGACACAAGUAAUUGUUUAAUACAAAUGAAUCAUAUUUAUUUUUCUCAUUUAAAUUAUUUAUACUGCCAUGUUUCAUGUAGAUGUGUGAGAACUAUUCUUGCCAUAUACAGUAUUGCAGACUAAAUGUCAUCAAAAUAAAGUAGCAAAAAUUCACAAUGUUCUUGUCUUAUUCUAUGCCUCAUUAGUCAUUCUAAUGGCUUUAGUCAAGUAAGUUAAAGUUAGCUGGCAGCAGGAUAAAUUGAGUAAUAUGAAAAACCUGCCUUGGGUAUUGACUACAGAACACUCUAAGUGGUAUCGUAAAUGGUAAACUGGCACUGGGUCAAUGAAAACCUGCAUUUAUAUAACACCUAUCACAAAAAAUCAAGAACUUUUGAAGUACAGUCACUGCACAGAAGCCAAUUUGCAAAGCAAGGUCCCACAAAUAACAAUAAUAUCAUUAACUUUAGAAUUUGUUCUAAAGAUAUUGCUUGAAGGUUAUAUAUAGGACCUGACAUCAGCAGAGUUCCUCUUUUCAAAUUUGUCUAUUUGGUUAGAUAUGGUUAGAUAUAAUACAAAUGUGUGUUGCUUGAGUUAGAUUUUGAAUUAGAGAGGGUACCUCAAUGCAGAAAUUCUGCAAAGUAUAUUGAUGUCUCUAGGAAUGUCGAAUGGUGGCAGUGCAUAGAUUAUUUGAUGAUUUCACAAAUAUCAAAUUACCUCUUGAAAAUCUCCAUAAAUUGCUCAAUUGCAUACCCCAAGAGUCUCAAUUACUGGAUUUGUUGUGAAUGGUGCAUAAAGACCUAUUCUCCAAUGGAGAGGGGGAGCAUUUAUGGGCCUGAUGGGUUUUUUAUCAAUAUGUUCAAAACCCAGACCAUAAUGAACGUUAAAACUUGAUGUUGCCAUGUGUUGUAUUCCUGAACAUUGCUACUGAGCUUGCUGCACUGAGUUAUUACUACAUUUUUAACAAAAUCAGAUGGAUUUACCCUGUUCUUCCUUACUGCCUACCUAUUAUUAUAUAAUUCAACAAAAUUAUAAUCAGAGUUUUCUGUAUUAAGUAUUUGAGAAAUUUCUGUCAGUAAUGUAGAAAUAUUGAAAAAAAGUAUUUUUGUUUUACCAAGUGCCACAGAUAAUGCAAUGGAGAAGCAUGCCAUAGAUAAAG